AUGGCUGCGCCCAGUAAAAGACGGAAAGUUGAAAAGGGGCCUGCUGUUAAGCAACAAUUUACGAUUAAAUUCCCCGGAACCCUUCUUUAUAUUGUAGACGCCAAGAUUCCAAGGGUGAGAGUGGAUCAUCUGAAAAAGCUUGCCAGGGGGAAAGGUAUUCCAGUUGCGGAUAAUCUCAGUAAUGACGUCACUCACAUCAUAUCUGAACUUGAGACAAGAGACAAAGUAUUAGAAAUAUUGAAUAAAAGGUACAGAGAUGUGAAACACGUUUAUCUGGAAAAUGAAGUUGAAAUUGUCUCCAUUCACUGGUUCACUGCCAGCAUGGAAGAGAAUAAACCAAUCAAAGUUACUGCUGAACACAAACUUCCACAAGAACAAAAGGAAACCAUAGCAACCAUAGAAGAUGAAGCUGAGUAUCAAGAUACUAAAUAUGCCUGUCAGAGGAGAACACCACUUAAACACCACAACAAGAUAUUUACAGAUGCUUUAGAGGUACUUGAAAAGAACGCUGAUUACACUGGUGGUGAUCAGGAUUACUCUAGAGCGUUGGCUUUCAGGAGAGCGUCGGCUUCCUUGAAAUCAUUACCACAUACUGUAACGAGUAUGAGAGAUGUUGCUAAUUUGAAAGACAUCGGCAAGCAUUGUAAAGAUGUUAUUAGGGAAAUAUUAGAGAAAGGUUACUCAACUGAAAUAGAAGACAUCAAGUCAAGUGAAUGGUUUAAAACUAUACAGUUAUUUGUAGGUAUCUAUGGUUGUGGCCCGGCUACAGCACGAAAAUGGUACAAUAUGGGAUAUCGAACAUUGGAGGAUAUCAAGAAAUCAACAACUAUUCAUCUAACAGCAGAUCAAAGAAAUGGUAUAAGGUUUUAUGAUGAUCUACAAACUCCGGUGAUAAGACGGGAAGCUGAGGCUAUCAGGAAUUUCAUAAUUGAAGAGAUAAAGGAAAUAUCCAAUGAUUUUACUGUUGUUAUAACAGGAGGAUUCAUAAGGGGAAAAGAUUCUGGACAUGAUGUUGAUUUAUUGAUGUCCCACCCAGAUAAUGGAAAGGAGAAAGGUGUCCUUCAAAAACUGAUCACAAACUUAAAACAGAAGAAUCUUUUACUGGAAUGCAGUCUACAAGCCAAUACAUUUCACAAAGAAUCGUUGAAAUCCCCAAAACACUACAAAUCAAGUAUGUUGGAUCAUUUUGAAAAAAGUUUGAGCAUCUUCAGACUUGAAAAAUCUAUGGUUGACAAGUAUACCAGUUGUGGUGGUGCGUCUAAAACGACAGAAAAGGUUCAAGGUGGCAAGUCAUGCUCCUCAAAUACAAAAUCCGAUGACUAUAUACUAAAGCACACAGAUAGCUUUGAUCUUCCAAAAGACAGAACAUGGAGGGCUGUGAGAGUGGAUUUUGUUGUGUGUCCACAAAGUCAGUAUGGAUAUGCAUUGUUAGGAUGGGUUGGUUCCAAAAUGUUCAAUAGAUCCAUCAGACUCUAUGCUGACAGAGAACUUGGUAUGAUGCUAUCAAGUCAUGGUCUCUAUGAUAGAAUUAAUCAACAAUACAUCCCGGCAUCAUCAGAACAAGAAAUCUUUGAACAUUUGAAGCUGACUUGGAUAGAACAUGAAGAUAGGAACUGUUGA